AUGAAACCUUGCGAAUGUGAUCUUGAAGAGGACAACUACUGUUAUCUGUGUUGUGGCAAUUCACAUUCCCGGUGCUUGCCAGCACACCAGUACAAUAUCCUCAGAGACAAUGGUGAAAGAUGGGAACGUGAGGCUUGCGCACGCUGUAGGCAGAGCGGAGCAGAACUAGAAGGUCUGGCAUGUGAUGACACCGACCCCGCGCGACUGUGCCUUCAGGGAAAGUGCUCAAAUAGUGUAUGCCACGAUAAGAAACCUGGACAGUACUGCGAUCGAAAAAUGGAAAAAAUUUGCGUUGACGAUAUUUGUGAAAAUCCGUGUGCGCGUAUCAGCUCACAUCUAAUGGUAUGUGAUUGCCCUCUGAUUGAUCCGGACACAGGAUUCGCUUCGGAUGAUCGUUGUCAACUUUGUGCAAUUCUGUUUUCAAUUAAUCAGAAAGACUAA